UCUUCCCUUUCCUUUUGCUGCUGCUUCUUCUCUCUUCUUUUUUCUUUUUUGUUCUCGUUCUCUAUAAUCUGUAUGCGUUACUUUCAAUUGCUAUUAUUUCUGCUCCGCACCCAUUAUCUGAUUAAUUAUUUUUCUGUUUUUACUAGUACUAGUUGUUAUGUUGAGGUUCGAAAUUGAUUAAUGUGGUAUUCGUUAUCACCCUUUUCAGUCCUGUGUUGUUCGUCUGUCAAGUCUGUUAUUUGGAGCAAGAACACUCCAUGUGUUAAUUUGUGAGCCUAUUUGUUUGAAGAGCUUAUUGUUAUUCUACAAAAAAUUUGGUCAUGUUUACCUGCUUCUAACAUGUUAAGCUGCUGAAUGUCAACUGGUUCAGGUUAUUUAGUUUCAAGCAACUUUUUCCCUUGGGUUGCCAUGAACACGUCUUAUGGAGCAAAUUUAGAGAUAUCACAGUGCAUUGCUGCGUCCCCUAUUUGUCGUCCAAAAUCAUCUAUCUUUGAACCAAGAUCAUGUGUACCCAAGCUCCAAGGCUUCUCAAAGAAGGUAUUGCCUUUAUGCAAAGAUCUUCAUGCUAAAAGUAACAGGGAGAGAAGCAUUACGUUCUCGGUUACUGCUAGUGCCAGUCAAGUUGAUACUGCUUCAGAUGAGCCCAGCAGUCUUACAUAUAAGGAUGCUGGCGUGGACAUUGAUGCAGGGUCAGAGCUUGUGAGGAGAAUAGCCAAAUUGGCACCUGGAAUUGGGGGAUUCGGAGGUCUCUUUCCAUUAGGGGAUUCAUACCUCGUGGCUGGUACUGAUGGUGUGGGGACAAAGCUUAAGUUGGCAUUUGAAACGGGAAUUCAUGAUACCAUUGGGAUUGACCUGGUUGCGAUGAGUGUUAAUGACAUUGUCACUUCUGGAGCAAAACCUUUAUUUUUCCUUGAUUAUUUCGCCACUAGCCGUCUUGAUGUUGACCUUGCAGAGAAGGUCAUAAAAGGUAUUGUGGAUGGUUGCCAGCAAUCUGACUGUGCUCUUCUAGGGGGAGAGACUGCAGAGAUGCCAGAUUUCUAUGCCGAAGGCGAGUAUGAUCUCAGUGGAUUUGCUGUGGGCAUUGUGAAAAAGGAUUCAGUUAUUGAUGGGAAAAGCAUCAAGGUUGGAGAUGUUCUUAUUGGCUUACCAUCUAGUGGAGUUCAUUCAAAUGGCUUUUCUCUUGUUAGAAGGGUUCUGAAGCAAAGUGGCCUUUCUUUGAAAGACCAGCUUCCUGGUGAAACUAUUACACUUGGCGAAGCUCUGAUAGCCCCAACUGUUAUAUAUGUUAAACAGGUCCUUGAUAUUAUAAGCAAAGGAGGGGUUAAAGGAAUAGCCCACAUUACUGGAGGCGGCUUCACUGACAAUAUCCCUCGAGUAUUUCCUAAAGGCCUUGGAGCCAUUAUUUAUGAGGACUCUUGGGCAGUUCCUCCUGUAUUUAAAUGGAUUCAGAAGGCGGGAAGAAUAGAAGAUGCUGAGAUGAUGCGGACUUUCAAUAUGGGAAUUGGGAUGGUCCUUGUAGUUAGUCCAGAAGCAGCUGACCGGAUACUUGGGGAAGGGCAGAAGACGGGCAUUGUAUACCGUAUUGGUGAAGUUGUGAAGGGUGAUGGAGUAAGCUAUAGCUGAAAACUGAGCAAAUGGUCGGAGGAUCUCAAUGUCAGUCCGCAAAAGGUCUUCAUCCACGCAGGAAUGACACGACUUCUUUUCUCCUUCCUUCGACUAAGAGUUUAAGAUUUUGGAGCCUUUAUCAUACUGUUUAAGGUUCUUUGUAUCGUCUAACAACAAACGUAUAAGCUCUUAUAGAUGUGUUCUGUUAUGUGCGCUAGUGUGUCAUCAAUUACUUCUGUUGAACAAUGAGGAUGUAGACAACUUUAAGAGGUCGAGAAAUGGUUUUGCAUGUAUUUUAGGAGAUAAUAUUUGGUUAAAUUCCAUUUGGAUCAAAA